AUUACCGGUAUUCACUUGAGGUGAUGUGAGAGGAUCAUUGUUGCGAAUAAUCCAUCCACACCCGUUGCGCACCUGGGCCAUCAGAAUUCGAUAGAGCCACAAGACGACCACGACCACUUCAACCAGCAGGCACCACCCAUUCAUUCCGAUUCAUCCUUCGACGGAGUCGGGGGCGGGGUCGGAAUCGGGCGACGAUCGGAUGGAUGAUGCAUUCACCCGCCCCUCCUUCCUCCUCUUGGGCAAUUUCUUUUCCUUCAGGUUUCUCUGCCCGCGCGAGAAAGCUGCUGGCUGUGUCUUGUGCGCCACACACCCCCACGGGGCUGCCUUUAUUAUCAUUAUUGCAGGAAAGGGAAUCCUUUCAAAAUCAACAAAAAAAAAAUCCGGGAAAGGUUGGUAGUGGUUUGGCAAGCAGCACAAAAACAGGUGCGAUGUCGGAUGUCGGACUUUCCUGGUCUGGGCGGGUGAUCAAGACAGCCCGACUUCUCCAAUCACAACACCUGACCUUAAUCCCAACGGUCCAGCCUAUUGUGUUUUUCUCGCCUCGAUUGACUGAUGCUGGGGUCUUGACUGCACUCUGCAGCCAUGCAGCACUUUUGGAGAGGGGAAAUGGGCGAUGUGACAGCCUUCCUAGGGGUGGUGUGGACCACGGAAGCCCGCCUCCAAGGCUCAGCAAUCCUAGGCACCCAACUUCCAACAGGGCCAACGACCGGAUAGAAUUCCAUCAUCCAUCAUUAUUAGCCACGCGUGAGACUACGAGUAAUAUGGCCCGUCAGCUAUUAAUGCCCUGCGCUUGACUAGGCGACAGAGUCGGGGUCGGAUUACGGGUCUUAGCGCGCUAGGGUUCCUCGUGCAUUAUUGGGCCAUGUUCCUUCAAUCUAUGUGACACCAUCCGCCCCCGUUAAGGACCUGCCCGAGUGGGCACAGUCUGAAAUUUGCCCGAUUUGACCUGCUGAACGGGGCCACUUCCACAAUUUACUGAGUACAUUCUCCGAGUCUACCAUCCAGGCAGGAGGCCCGGUGGCGACGCAGCAGUAGUUUUUCAGGCACCAAUGCAAGGCUCAUCUCGAAGGAUUAAACAGAGAGGCCAUGCAGCUUCGGAAGGAU